UUUGUGGCCUUUAUUUUUAUAAGUAACCUAAAAAGCUUACGACAUCCUUUUCAUUUCCUAGCGUUUAGAUUAAGAACAAUCUUCGUCAUGUUAAUCAAUUUAUAACUAUUAAUUAAUCUAUUAUUUUAGUGAUAUCAAAUCUUUUUGUCUUAUAGUCACAGGUGAGGUUGAUGAAAAACCGUCAUUUUUUUAAGUUUUUUCCCGUGACUUUAACCACCCGUGGACGGUGUUUUUAGUCACUCCGAUUUUAAUGAAUCGUUCUCUAUGCAGCGUAAUGAAAGUUCCUAAAUCGAGUUCAUGAAUCGUGUUAUUUAAUAGGAAUUGAAUAAUGAAAAACACAGUUGCUACCGCAAACUUAACCUAAUCAGAAGUAUUACUUAGUUUCCUUCUGGUAAAAAAGGUUCAUAAGUGCGAUUUUUGAGAAAUUUAAGUGUGUUUACGGAAUAAUGUUGAGUCUUUUAAUAAUUAUUCAGUUGAUUACUGCUAAUAAUUGUUUAAAACUUCAAAAAUGGCACGAACAAACAAAAGAGCCAUUGAGAGAUGUAAUUAAUCUCGUGAUCAAAGAAAUGUCUGUAAAAAGCAAAUGUAUGGUUUAUAUGUUCGAUUCUUAUUACCAAAAUUUGAUUCAUCGCGACGAGAAUGGAAAUUUAACAUUAACAUAUUACAGUGUUUUUGUACGUGAAAAUGAAGAAUUUUCUCCGCCUCAGUUGACUAUUCAAGCCAUUUUAAGAAACAGCAAAAAUUCUGGUUGUAAUAGUUAUGUUAUUUUAAUUACUAAUGGAUUACAAACGAUGGAUCUCUUACAAUACGCAGAAAGAGAACGAUUGUUAAAUAUUCAAGGAUUUUUUUUAAUGAUCCAUGAUUCAAGACUUUUCUACUCUAAUAUGAAAUACUUGUGGAACAGGAUAAUCAAUGUUAUUUUUAUCAGGCGACAUAGCUUGAUAAGAUCACAAUCUGGUAAAAAUAUAAAUUAUGACUGGUUUAAUCUCGAAACAAUGCAAUAUCCUAUUCCUGGUCAAUACUUUCUUAGAACUUAUUACGUUGACACGUGGUAUAAAGGACGAUUUCGUUACGGAAAGAAUCAUUUUGCAAAUAAAGUACUAGAUUUAUCAAAAAAAAAAUUAAGAGUCGCUAUUUUUGAGCAUAUUCCGGCUGUUACAACAAAUUCAAGAAUGUUUUAUAAAAACUAUGAGAAACAUAAUAAUAAAUCUGUAGGAAUAGAAUUUGAGAUUAUGAAAAUUAUUGCUAAUAAAAUGAACUUCAAACCAAUUUUUUUCCGUCCGGAAAAUAUAAAAAUUGCAAAAUGGAGGACUUCGAACAACAAUGGAAGUUAUGACGGACUUUUUGGAGAAGCAGUUGAAGCAAAAGCAACUUUUUUUUUAGGAGAUCUUCAUUAUACUCUUCGCCAUUACCAAAUUCUUGAUUUAUCUUCUCCGUAUAAUACUGAAUGUCUUACUUUUCUUACACCAGAAUCAUUCACAGAUAAUUCUUGGAAACUGUUAAUUAAUCCGUUUACGUUAUAUACUUGGACGACUAUCAUUUUCAUACUUUUAUUAGUUGCUUCUAUUUUUCGAGGUUUCACUAUAUUUUAUCAGAAACAAAUUUUAUCACAUGAAAAGAGCAACGAACCUUCAAGUUUAAAGAUAAUAUCGAUGAUUGAAGUACAAGAAAUAAAUGAAAUAUAUACCAAAAAAAUAUAUGGUUUAUCGCCAUUCACUGGAAUGCAAAAUUGUUUACUCUAUACAUAUAGCAUGCUUCUACAAGUUUCCUUGCCACGACUUCCUGAAGUUUGGGCCCUUAGAGUAUUUAUUGGUUGGUGGUGGCUUUACACAAUUCUGAUAACUGUUACUUAUAGGGCUAGCUUAACUGCUACUCUUGCAAACCCUAUCGCCAAAAUCACUAUAAACACAAUAGCAGAUUUGGCAAAAAGUUCAUUACCUGUUGGAGGAUGGGAUGAAAAUUAUAAAGACGUAUUUAGUUCUGAAUCAGAUGCAUUGUUAAAUAAAAUUGGAAAAAACUUUGAAUUAGUAAAUGAUGAAGAUGAAGCAAUUUCAAGAGUAGCAAAAGGAGCAUUUGCAUAUUACGACAAUAUUUAUGUUUUGAAAGAAGCAAGAGCAAAACGACAACUUUUAGAAUCUAUGCAAAAAAAUGAAGCUCUUAAAAACAAUAAAAACUUAAUUGCAGAUAGAGAUUUACACAUUAUGGAAGAGUGUAUCAUUCAUAUGCCAAUAUCCAUUGGAAUGAUAAAAAAUUCUCCCCUCAAACCACAAGUCGAUCGCAUAAUUAACAGAAUAGUUGAAUCUGGGUUAGUAAAUAAAUGGCUCAGUGAUGUAAUGGAGUGGUCACAAAUAGUUGAAAUUAAAUCUGAAUCCAAUGGACCGAAAGCUUUAAUAGAUAUUCGUAAACUUUACGGUAUAUUUGUGGCAUUAAUCAUAGGAUAUUUUCUAAGCUUUAUCACAAUGAUUGCAGAAAAUUUAUAUUGGAGAUUUGUAACUGCAAAAGAUCCAAAAUAUGAUAAAUACCGUAUGGAUAUUUUUUAUAGUUAUAAGAUGAAAUAAACAAAAAUACAAAGUAUU